AUGAAACAGGGAACCACUAGCGAUUUGACCAGCCAGACAGUGGGGCUUCUGGCAUGGCCUACUCUUAGAUGGGCAUCCGUGGAACCGGAAACUUCGAACUCCUUCUCAGCUUGGGAGACCCUGUUGGAAGAUAAACCUCCGCUGUACUUCGCAGUUCGACACCAAGAGUCACCCCCGCGCCACGAUGAGGCGGUAGACCAUCACAUGGGAGAAACAUAA